AUGUAAAAUAAUCCAUCAUUUUCUUAAGGUUUAAUACCUAUAGUUUGCUUAGACAUUGGUGGAACAUUAACUAAAUUGACAUUUGCUACCAAAAAAGGGUUCAUCUUAAAAUGUGAAACUAAAAAAGAUCUUAAAAGUAUUAGAAAUAAGAUAAUUCUUAAUAGUCAUAAAUGAGAUUGAUGAUUAUGAAAUUCAUUUUAUUUCUCAUCCUAAUUCAUUAAAUGUGUUGAUUGAAAAUUUAGAAUAGAUUGGCUUUAUUGUAGAUGGAAAUUCCAAUAUCUAAAAUUUUUAUAUCACAGGUGGAGGUUCAUUUAAGUAUUAUGAUUAAAUUUAAAAUUAUGGGGAAAUAAUCAGAAUUAAUGAAUUCGAUGCUCUAAAAUUUGGAUUUAAAUUGUUAGAUAGUAUAAAGUAAAAAAAUACAUACUUUACUUUUAAUAAUAGUAUUGAAUAUUUGUAAUUGACGGUAUUUUUUUAAUAAAUAUAUAUUUUUAGGCUUCAAUAUAUCCAUUUAUAUUGGUUAAUAUAGGAAGUGGAGUUAGUAUAUUAAAAUUUGACAAUGAAGAUUAAUUUGCAAGAAUCUCAGGCACAUCUUUAGGUGGUGGAAUGUUUUUAGGAUUGAGUCAUCUAUUUACUGGCAUUAAUGAUUUUGAUGAAUUAUUAAAAAUGACAAAAUAAGGUUCUAAUGCAGCUACAGAUUUAUUAAUGGAUGAAGUUCAUUUGGGAUUUUAAUCUCCAACAGGAAAUAAAAAUGAAAAGCAUGUUGCUGUUAGUAUGGGAAAAUUAGAUUAGAAUACAAAUAUUAAUAAAUCAGAUUUAGUUAAAUCUUUACUUUAUAUGACUACUUAUAAUAUUAGUCAAAUAGCAUUCUUACAUUCAAAAUUACAUAAUAUUGAAAGAGUAUUCUUUUCUGGACAUUUUAUAAGAAAUCAUGAAGAAACAUUAUAAUGUAUUAAUGAAGCAUUCUCUUAUUUCUCUAAAUUAGAUUAAUAAAAUAGACAUGUAACUAAAUCACUCUAAUAUAGCCUUAUUUUAUUAAACAUGAUGGAUUUAUAGGAAGCUUAGGAUCAUUUUGGAAUGGAAUUCAAUCAUUUAAAUAAAACAAAAAAUGA